GGCCAAUGAGGGCGGCGAUGAAUGGCGCCCACAAGCUCUCGCUGGAAGAGGCGCAAACGUCGUGGUUCGUGCGCCAGGGCGGCGAUUGCUCGGCCGUUCGCAUUGGGGAAUCGGCAUGCGGCAGGCAAGGAUUGGAUUGAUUCCCUCGAUGCGAUCUUGCGGCAAUCGUGGUUCGUGGCAGGGGAUUGUUUGCUGCUCGGUCGAUUCGCGCUGGAGAGCAGAUUGUGCGAAUUCCCCAUGACCUGCACCAAUGCAGGUGCUCACGGCCGAGAAACUAGACGAUUGUGUGAAGAAGUUACUAUCGACAGAGUAUGAUUGGUGUCCUCUAACGCUUCUCAUCCUUGCGGAGCAACACAAAGGAGAGGCUUCUAGAUGGGCUCCAUACGUUUCUUGUCUUCCAUCAUUUGGGGAUCACCACUCUACUAUUUUCUGGGAGAAGGAGGAAUUGAAAUUCUUGGAGUGUACCCGUGCUUUCCGUGGAACAGCCGAGCGGCGUGAAAUGAUCUCGGACGAGUACAUUUCAGUGAAGAAUGUUAUAAGCUCGUGUCCUCACGUCUUUGGCGAAGAUAUCUCGCUUUUCCAGUUUGCGCAUGCGUAUGCUACUGUCGUUUCACGAGCUUGGAAUGGUGCUCUUUCCAGCGAAAUCUCCAUGAGGCCUUUUGUGGACUUCUGCAACCACGAUCCAGUUUCUCACGCAACGGUGUCACACGACAGUUGCAAGGAUGCGACAGUCAUUAUUGCCGAGCGCGAUUACACGAAAGGCGAAGAGGUUUUUAUCAGUUAUGGCAAGCGCUCCAACGCUGUACUUGCAGUAGACUACGGUUUUGUGCUUCCUAACAAUUUGAGUGAUCAGGCCGAGCUUUGGAUGGAAAUUCCAUGGAACGAUCCACUUCGUGAAAAGAAGCUUGAACUUAUGGGGGCUUUCAAUAUGCCAACCUUGCAGAAUGCUGAUGGAACGGAGAGUGGUGAAUUGCCAGUCAUCUUGGAGGAGGUUUUGGACUCAGCGGACUGGGAAGACGGGGUUGUACUCCCUCAAGCCCGUGCAUUUUCGCGUAUUAUUUGCUUGGAUUCCUUGGAAGACAUACAAUCAAUGAUCCAAGAAUCCGAUACGCUUCAAGCUCCACUAGCAUACCAGCCAAGAAAGGACGUGGCGAAGGAAACCCGGGCAAUGAAUUUCUUGCUGGAGAUGAUCCAGGAAAGCAUCACGUCACACGAGCAGGCAUUGCUGAUGCUGCAGUCGGCCCCCGACCACGUAAACAAAAUCCGCCGAGGAAUGGCCGAAGCUGUUCUUGAUGGUGAGCUACGAGUUCUAGAAAACUCUAGAGGCUGGCUCAAGGAUUGUCUUCCAAAUGGACAAGAGCAAGCAUAGGUGGGCGUGGUUUAUUGAUAGGCUGGAGUUGUGCUUCAGGUGGCGUGUCCUGGACAUGGCAUGAUGGUGGAUCUGACCAUUGAUGAGUAUCCAUACUAGUAUAUGCAUAUCCAUAGCACAACUAGAGUGCAUUCAGUGUCCCAGUUUAGAAUUCAACUCCAAACUCAGGUGCAUUACAUUUGGUA